CAUCAAGGCUAUAGGAGUUGAUACCAUGUGGAUUCAGCCAUUUUACAAAUCACCGAUGGUUGACACGGGGUACGAUGUCUCAGAUUAUAUCUCUGUGGACCCAAGUUACGGCAGUAUGGAAGAUUUCAAACGACUACUCAAAGCAACAAAAGAAAAAGGAAUGAAACUGAUUGUAGACUUCGUUCCCAAUCACACUAGUGACCAACACGAGUGGUUUAAACUUUCCGAACAACGCAUUGAACCUUACACUGACUUCUACGUCUGGCACGAUGGGAGGAAAGUGAACGACAGUUAUUCGAUGGUUCCAAACAACUGGAUUGAUGUUGUGCAUGGUUCAUCAGCUUGGACAUGGAGCGAAAAAAGGAGACAAUACUAUUAUCAUCAGUUUGUGCGGCAGCAACCAGAUUUGAAUCUUCGAAAUCCUCAAGUUGUAAAGGAACUCGAGAAUGUUCUGAAAUUUUGGUUGGAUUUGGGUGUUGAUGGAUUCCGCGUGGACGCAGCCAGGCAUUUAUACGAAGCGACGCAUCUCAAGGAUGAGAAGCUUGUAAGAAGUGGACCGUACAAUUGGAUCGAACACGAGUAUACUCACGAGCAACCUGAGAAUUUCGAGCUCUUUCAGUCAUGGAGGACCCUCUUGGACGAAUAUGCAAGAAAAGAUGGGAGAACUAGGAUUCUGUGCACAGAGGAUUAUGAUACGCCAGAAAAUCUGAAGAGACACCUUGGGAACGCAACGAAACCAGGAGCUCACAUUCCAUUUUACUUCUAUCUUGUUAAUGCGAACUUGGAGCAGAGAAUGAAUUCAACUCUUUUGAAUAACCUUGUCCUUUCAAUGAAGAACAAUUUCCCACAGAAUUCCUUCAAUUGGGUGCUAGAUAACCACGACAGGGUGAGAGUAACUUCUCGGUUUUUCCCGGAAAGCGUUGACUCGUGGCUGAUGCUGGUUCUCCUACUGCCAGGAGCGGUGAGCAUUUAUUAUGGUACAGAGAUUGGCAUGGAGAAUUCAAAGAUGGGUCGUGACCAACAUCCUCUUGACGGCCAUGGACAAAUAAAUUAUAAUGACGACUCAAGAACCCCUAUGCAAUGGGACGACACAGAAAACGCAGGUGAACAUAGAUCAUAG